CAGAUGCAGGGAGGUACAAUGUGGCGCUGCAGGAUCCUCCUUCAUUCACAGGACACAUCAGAGCUGGUGGAGGUCACAGCUAAUUGAGUCAAACAUUAGUUCAUCCUCAGGGUUAAAGUCAGCCUACCUUCCAGAGCGACCAUGAGAGUCCUCCUACUGAUCUGCAUGCCAGUUCUGCUGCUCGCCCAGUACCAGGACCCUGUUCCCUUCCUGGAUGACUAUGAUUACUCCUUCUCAGAGACCCCAAAUCCUGAACCCCUUCCUAAGACCUACCAGCAGCAGGUUCAGCUCGACCCAGUGAUCCGUCCAGAGCCGGAGUUUGAGACAGAGCCCACAGAGCCCGGCCCCCUCGACUGCAGAGAGGAGCAGUACCCCUGCACCCGACUCUACUCCGUCCACAAACCCUGCAAGCAGUGUCUCAACAGCCUCUGUUUCUACAGUUUGCGGCGGGUUUACGUCGUCAACAAGGAGAUCUGCGUGAGGACAGUGUGUGCACACGAGGAGCUGCUCCGAGCGGACCUGUGUCGUGACCAGUUCUCCCGCUGUGGUGUGAUGGCGCUGAGCGGUCAGUGCUCCUCGCUCGGAGGAAGCUGUGGGAAAAGCUGCGGCGGCUGCUGAUGCGGCUGCUCUUCAUCCUCUCAUCUUACCCACUUUCGCCUCCCGACUCAUUGGUUUCUCCGUGCGAGAAGCACCUUGAAUAUUCCUGUUUUCUGUUCUCCACGUGUGUACGGAUUAUAAAACAAACAAUAAUAUUGAUGAUUGUAUAAGUCACUGGUGCUAUAAAACUUUUACAGGUGCAAAAAAUAAUAAACCCCACCACAGAUCCCUGUUUUUAUUUUUAUUUUUUGCAUAUUGUAUCGUAAUAAUCUCGUGUUUUCUAUUUGUUGAUGUAUUACUGUACUUUUGUUAAAAAGCAGUCGUUAUGAUAAUCAGAACCUUUUAUUGGUGCUCUGAGAUCCAACAGAACUGAUGAACAUCGAACGAUCAGGAAAUCUGUAAAGCAGGUGAGCGACACCAGUUUUUUUUUGUACUACUGCUACAGAAAAGUGGCAACUAGUGCUUUAAAAAGGCCUCUAUACUACUGCUUUGUAAAACUGUCACUAUAAAAAGAAAAAGGAAAAAAUAAACUCUUUUUUUACAA